CUAACUAUUCUCUCUCAAUUCUCAAUAAACUUCCUCACUCUUUCAUUUUUCUCCUAUCUUUCUCCUUAUCUCUCCCUCUCUAAGAAAAGUAAAGUGGAAGAUUCCUACAAGGUAUGGUCAACAAAACCAGAGGGAUACUCUGCAAAUCACCAAGAGAAAUCUUCAUGGAUGAAACUCUUGAGAAGUUGCAGGCUAGCAUGGGAAGCUUCAUGAUAAGAAGAAAGAAGCCUUGUUGACUUGUGAUUUGGUGCUAUCCUACCUGAGCUUAAAUUAUUCUUCUUCGCGUGUCUUCCAUCACAUCUCUUCUUGACCUUGUAAGACCUGCUCUUGAUCUUGUAAGGCCAAAAGCUAAAUUUGCUACUCUUGAUAUGUACAUAUUCAAGGACUCUUCUUGUGUUCUUUCCCUUUGAGAGUCAAGCAAUUAGCAUCAGCUGUUCCCACCCAACUCACCAUCUCCUUCUCUGUCUAUCCCUCCUGAGCUUUGUUCUCAAUAAACCCCAAUUUCGCUGUAUGAAAAGUCCCCAUCAUGUAAUUCAAAAGCAAUAAAUGAGUUUUAACAUU